UCUUCGUGAAACUCGCGAGUGGACCAGAGACGGAGUUGUUUGUGAGUUUAAAGCAAAGACAUCUAGCAUAGAUCUAGAUCGCCAAGCGGCAAGAUGGAAGCCUCAAUCGUUCUCGGCUACUGGAACAUCCGCGGAUUGGCUCAGCCGAUCCGUAACCUUCUCGAAUAUACCGAUGAGAAGUACGAGGAUCGUAUCUAUGACUUUGAUACGUCGGACAUGACCAACAAAAUUAAGAUGCAAGGUAAAUGGCCGGAGGUGAAGGCGAAUUGUGCAACAAUUAUUGGUGGAGAAGGCGAAGCUGCGAUGGAUUUCCCUAACCUGCCAUACCUUAUCGAGAAGCAGGCUGAUGGCACAACACUCAAGAUGACUCAGAGCAACGCCAUUCUCAAGCACUUCGCUCGCAAGCACGACCUCGUCGUCAAGGGUGAAAAUAAUAUUGCCCGCAUGGAAAUGCUCGAAGAACAAGUUAUGGACCUCAAGCAAGCGAUCAUCGGAUACUGCUAUGAUAAUUCAAUAGUGGCUUUGCGUUACCCCAACUACACUGAGGACAUUCAACCCAUUUUAAAACGGUGGGAAAAGGUACUCGAGAGUAAGCAGUGGGUGAUGGGCGACAAGCUAACUUAUGUCGAUUUCCUGUUGUACGAGUUCCUCGAUUGGCAUAUACCACUGAAGGCCGACAUCUUUGACGGAAUGCCAAGCCUCAAGGCAUUCCUUGAGCGCUUCCGGGCUCUACCGAGGAUUGCUGCGUACUUCGAAUCGGACCGCUACCAUGCGUGGCCACUCACUAGCCCCUUUGCCAAAACAUUCGGUUACUUCAAGUAAUGCAGAGCACGACAAUCAAUGGUGUAGGAGUACACAGUAGGAGAGAAUAUGGCAUAACGUAAACAAUAACGUGCUGUCUUGAUAAUAAUAGCUUUUUCAAGCGGCAUUAUAAUUUCAAUAUUUGCAUGUUAUACUGGCCUACAAAAGCCUAAUUGUAACUGUGCGUCACAAAUACCUAUAAAGUUUACACCUAUAAAAUUAUUGAGAACCGUUAGGAUUCAAGGAUAGAUCUUCUAGGACAACCGGUUAAAUGAAAUAAUCUGCCAUAUUCUUUAAAGAAGCUCGAUGUAUAAACCACCGACUCUUAUAACUUUAGCGUCGCAGAUGAGUUCUAUUCGAUGCACGCGAUCGACGAUUGCCGUUCUUUUAACUUGGGUAACGUGACAACAAAGGUAUCUAACACAG